AUGGAGCAUAUCUUUACUCUCAUGAAUAUAAUAAUUGCCAUCAUAAACUUUUCGAGAGCUAAUGGGACUACUUGCAUCCUCAGAGGAGAAUCUGUAUACCCACAACUAUCCAAAGAUGGAGACAUAUUAGUUGGAGGAAUUUUCUCUUUUAAUCUCAUUUCAGAGAUCACAAACUUGUCCUAUUUGCUGAAACCACCUCCACUGAAAUGCACGAGUCUGGAUUUCAGAGGCUUCCAGUUUUCACAGUCCUUGAUCUUUGCAAUAGAGGAGAUCAACAACAGUUCCUCUUUAUUGCCUGGUGUCUCACUGGGCUAUAAGAUCUAUGACACCUGUAGCUCCACUGCAACGGGGGUCAGAAUGGCCAUGGCACUUAUGAAUGGAAAUGAAAACUCAGUCUUGGAGGAGCCCUGCACAAAGCCUGCACAAGUGCAAGCCAUAAUAGGAGAGACUUUCUCAUCUGUGUCCAUGGGUGUCGCAGUGAGCAUUGGACCUUUCAGCAUACCCUUAAUCAGUCACUUUUCAACCUGCGAGUGUCUUAGUGACAAAAGGAAAUACCCGUCAUUUCUACGCACCAUUCCCAGUGAUUACCACCAGAGCAGAGCACUGGCAGAAAUGGUCAGGCACUUUGGCUGGACCUGGGUGGGGGCAAUAAGAAGAGACGAUGACUAUGGAAACAGUGGUAUGGCUGCAUUUACUAAAGUUGCAGAGCAGCUGGGCAUAUGCUUAGAAUAUUCCCUUCCAUUUUUUAAAACUUACUCACAAGGAAAAGUUAUGAGAAUCAUUGAGCAGAUCAAAAGCUCCACUUCUCGAGUGAUUGUGGGAUUUGUUGACAACUCUGAUUUACAGUAUUUGCUGGAUGUAUUUUUUGAGCACAACAUCACUGGAUAUCAGUGGGUGGGAACUGAGGCCUGGAUUUUUGAUCCAGAACUGGCCAAACUGGACAAGCACAACAUACUGCAAGGAGCCAUAGGGUUAGCAAUCCCCAAAACUGAGGUGACAGGUCUGAAGGACUUCAUUCUAGAUAUAAAACCACUUAAAUCUUCAGGCGAGGCCAUUUUUACUAAAUUCUGGGAGGUACUAUUUGAUUGUAAAUAUACAGAUUGGAAUGAUACUGUGGUGUCACCAACAUGUACAGGUGAAGAGAAAUUGUCUGAAAUACAAAACACUUUUACCGACAUGUCCCUGAUGCCAGUUUUCAUUAAUCUGUAUAAAGGGGUUUAUGCUAUUGCCCAUACCCUACAUGACCUUCUCGGAUGUAAAGAAACAUGUCACAUGAAGAACCAGCCAAAUCCUUCCACAUUUCUAGAAAGGCUCAAAAUGGUACAUUUUAAAACUAAAGAGGGUGAAGAAGUUUAUUUUGAUAAAAAUGGUGACCCUGCUGCAAGAUAUGACAUCAUAAACUGGAAAACAAGUAAAGAACGGAAAAAUGAAUUUGUUUCUGUUGGACUUUAUGACUCCACUUUCCCUGUUAACAGUCGAUUAACACUAAAUAUGUCUUCUAUUGUGUGGGCAAAAAAUACUAAUAAGGUGCCUAUAUCUGUGUGCAGUGAAAACUGCCCUCCAGGCACCAGGAAGGCUGUGCAGAAAGGAAAGCCUGUCUGCUGCUUUGACUGUAUACCAUGUGCUGAAGGAGAGAUCAGUAAUAUGACAGAUUCUGUUGAAUGUAAUCAAUGCUAUGAAGACUCCUGGUCAAAUCCACAAAGGGAUAAAUGUGUAGUGAAGGAAACUGAAUAUCUGUCCUAUGAGGAAACUAUGGGAAUUUUGCUUACUGCUGUAUCUAUUAUUGGUGCUUUUAUCACACUGGUAAUAUUAAUAAUAUUUUUAAGGUAUAGGAAUACCCCAAUAGUCAAAGCCAACAACUCGGAGUUGAGCUUCCUGCUGCUCUUCUCUCUGACUCUGUGUUUCCUCUGUUCACUUACUUUCAUUGGUCAGCCCUCUGAGUGGUCCUGUAUGCUGCGUCACACAGCGUUUGGGAUCACCUUCGUCCUCUGCAUCUCCUGUGUUCUGGGGAAAACAAUAGUGGUGUUAAUGGCCUUCAGGGCUACACUUCCAGGCAGUAAUGUCAUGAAAUGGUUUGGGCCUCCACAGCAGAGACUCAGUGUUCUUGUUUUUACUCUCAUACAGGUUAUUAUCUGUAUGCUUUGGCUAAUAAUUUCUCCUCCUUUCCCAUUCAAAAAUAUAAAACUGUACAAGAAAAAGAUAAUUCUAGAAUGUCAUUUAGGGUCAUCCAUAGGUUUCUGGGCUGUACUGGGUUAUAUUGGGUUCUUGGCUCUGCUGUGUUUUAUUUUGGCUUUUCUAGCACGAAAAUUGCCUGAUAAAUUUAAUGAAGCCAAAUUCAUCACAUUCAGCAUGCUCAUAUUCUGUGCAGUUUGGAUCACCUUUAUUCCAGCUUAUGUCAGCUCUCCUGGAAAAUUCACUGUAGCUGUGGAGAUAUUUGCCAUUUUGGCCUCCAGUUUUGGUUUGUUAUUCUGUAUAUUUCUUCCAAAGUGUUACAUAAUCUUAAUGAAACCAGAAAAGAACACUAAAAAGCAACUUAUGGGUAAAAUGCCGAUUAAGUGA